UUGGGUUUCCUGGAGGACCUUGGUGAGGUUUGGAGCAUUUCGGGGUCUCGCCUUUGCACAACUUUUUACACGUCAAACCAUGUCGGACGCGGUGAUCAGCUUCGCUAAGGACUUCUUGGCUGGUGGUGUGGCUGCCGCCAUCUCCAAAACAGCUGUUGCUCCCAUUGAGAGAGUCAAGCUGUUGCUUCAGGUCCAGCAUGCCAGUAAGCAGAUCACUGUAGAGAACCAGUACAAGGGAAUUAUGGAUUGCGUUGUCAGAAUUCCAAAGGAACAGGGCUUCAUUUCCUUCUGGAGAGGUAACCUGGCCAAUGUGAUCCGUUACUUCCCCACCCAAGCCCUCAACUUCGCCUUCAAAGAUAAAUACAAGAAGAUCUUCCUCGGUGGAGUGGAUCAAAAAACACAAUUCUGGCGUUACUUCGCUGGAAACCUGGCAUCUGGUGGUGCGGCUGGUGCAACUUCCCUUUGCUUUGUGUAUCCUCUCGACUUUGCCAGAACAAGGCUUGCUGCCGACAUUGGCAAGGGUUCAGCUGAAAGAGAGUUCACUGGUCUCGGAAACUGCAUCAGCAAGAUCUACAAAACCGAUGGACUUAAGGGUCUUUACUUGGGAUUCAAUGUGUCUGUGCAGGGUAUCAUCAUCUACAGAGCAGCCUACUUUGGAUGCUUUGACACAGCUAAAGGUAUGUUACCAGACCCCAAGAACACACACAUCGUUGUCAGUUGGAUGAUUGCCCAGACUGUCACUGCUGCAGCCGGUCUGGUGUCAUACCCCUUUGACACUGUUAGACGUCGUAUGAUGAUGCAGUCUGGACGCAAAGGAGCGGACAUUAUGUACAAGGGCACAAUCGAUUGCUGGAAGAAGAUCAUGAAGGACGAGGGAGGCAAAGCCUUUUUCAAGGGUGCCUGGUCCAAUGUGAUCAGAGGCAUGGGCGGUGCCUUUGUGCUGGUGCUCUACGAUGAGAUCAAGAAGUACACAUAAACAUUCUAAUCUCCCAAAUGUCCCCAAGGAACCCGUCACAUCACAUGUCUUAAUUCAUGUAAUAAGAGUGGCAACAGCUUGUGGUGAAAGACAAGGUGGGCAUGUCUUCUGCUGAGACAGCCCAGGAAUGGUAUACAUAUUUGGGUAUGGGUUGGGUGAACAAGCCUCUUCAGAAACUUGUAUAUAUACACUACCGUUCAAAAGUUUGGGAUCACCCAAACAAUUUUGUGUUUUCCAUGAAAAGUCACACUUAUUCACCACCAUAU